CUCCCAACUCAACCCAACAAUCUAUACCUCCUCCUCCUCGACCGCGGCUCUAUCUCCACCUUCCAUUGGACUUUAUACCUCGCCACGUCACCCACCCAUGGCACGAUCUUCCUAAUCAACGGCCCUGGAUCGAGUGUGUGGGAGUUUGAAUCGAAGACCAAUGAGGAAGCCACUCGCGCAGGACGGCUCCUUGUGGCGCUGGAAUUGGGACACGUGGAUCCGGCUUUACACGCCGCACUGGCGGACUGUCUCGCGCGGAUUCCAAUUGAAUACUCGGCUCGCUUCCGGGAAGCCAUGACGUGUCGGGUGUGGAUUAAGGAGGCGCUCUUUGCGUUGGAUGACGAGGGGUAUGUUCUGCUGGGGAGUAGUGUGGAGGGAGUUGAAGAGAAUGCUAGGAAUCGUGCGAUGAGGAAUAGGGUUCAUGGGAGGGUGACUGUUUGUAGAUUGGAUGAUGGUGGUUUUUGA